UUCAGUUGCUGGCUUGAGAAACAUCCAACCCGCUGUCCUCUUCGCCCAACACCCUCGCUCCGCCCUCCAACUGCACCGAAUCGACGACCCAGCGUAGACCUCCGCUGAGACUCGCUCUUGCGCUCCCUCUGCCACGAUGGCAGCCAUGUUCGAGCAGUCCCGCAGCGGUACCCUCUUUCUAGGCGGCACCAAAAUCUCGGGCAGCGACAUUCGCGAUCAAAAUGUCCUCGCGACGCAAGCCAUUGCCAACAUUGUCAAGUCCAGCUUUGGGCCUUCCGGUCUGGACAAGAUGAUGGUGGACGACAUUGGUGAUGUGACUGUGACCAACGACGGAGCAACCAUUCUCUCGCUUCUGAACGUGGAGCACCCAGCAGGAAAGAUCUUGGUCGAUCUCGCACAACAACAGGAUAAAGAAGUGGGAGACGGCACAACCUCCGUGGUCCUCAUCGCUGCAGAGCUUCUGCGAAGAGCAAACGAGCUGAUGAAGAUGCGGAUACACCCCACCACGAUCAUUACAGGCUACAGACUUGCUUUGCGAGAAGCAGUGCGAUAUAUGAACGAAAACAUUGCAACGAAAGUAGAGACCCUGGGCAGAGACAGUUUGGUCAACAUUGCAAAGACGUCGAUGAGCAGCAAGAUUAUUGGCGCAGAUGACGACUUCUUCGCAAACAUGGUCGUUGAUGCCAUCACCAGUGUCAAGACCACGAAUGCGAGAGGAGAGGUCAAAUAUCCCGUCAAGGCUGUAAACGUGCUCAAGGCGCACGGCAAGAGCGCGACGGAAUCAGUACUGGUGAAGGGAUAUGCGCUCAACUGCACAGUGGCUUCGCAAGCGAUGAAGACAAGGAUCACGGAUGCGAAGAUUGCGGUGCUGGACAUGAACUUGCAAAAGGAGAGGAUGAAGAUGGGAGUGAACGUGGUGAUUGACGACCCAGCACAGCUCGAGAAGAUUCGCGAGCGAGAAAGCUCGAUGGUCGUGGAGAGAGUGGAGAUGAUUCUCAAGGCCGGCGCAAACGUCAUUUUCACGACAAAAGGCAUCGACGACCUGUGUUUGAAGCAUUUUGUGGAGAAGGGCGCCAUGGCAGUGAGGAGAUGCAAGAAAGAGGACCUGAGACGAAUCGAGAAGGCGACCGGAGCGACCAUGAUCUCGACUCUUGCAGACAUCAACACUGGCGACGACGUAUUUGAUCCCAAGAGUUUGGGCGAGGCGAAGGAGGUGGUCCAGGAGCGGAUAUCAGACGACGAGUGUAUCCUCGUCAAGGGGCCCAAGGUGCACACCGCAGCCUCAGUCAUUCUUCGCGGACCCAAUGAGUACUCGUUGGACGAGAUGGAGCGCUCUGUGCAUGACUCGUUAUCAGCCGUCAAACGCACACUGGAAUCUGGGAGAAUUGUGCCUGGUGGUGGUGCUGUGGAGACUGCGCUGCACAUCUACCUCGAAGAGUGGGCAACCUCGGUCGGGUCGAGAGAGCAACUUGCCAUUGGUGCUUUUGCUGCAUCUCUUCUCGUCAUCCCCACAACGCUUGCAGUCAAUGCGGCCAAAGACUCGUCUGAGCUCGUGGCACAGCUUCGUUCGCGGCACGCUCUGUCACAGCGCACUUCGGAACCUGCAUCAGCACAUGCGCCCGCGCCUUCAAAUGGAGCACCGCCUGCUCCCGCUGCACGUAGCUCAACUCAGCAAGCUCUGGAUGCGGAUGCGAAAGCGUUGGCGAAGGCAAAGGGCUACAAGAACUACGGCCUGGAUCUCUCGAAAGGCAAGGUACACGAUUGCAUCAAGGCGGGUGUGCUCGAACCGAGCAUGAGCAAAGUCAAGCAGCUCAAGUCUGCAGUGGAAGCCUGCGUGGCCAUUAUGCGUAUCGACACACUCAUCAAGCUCGAUCCCGAGCAGCGAGGAGGAGAGGACGAUGGGCAUGGACAUUAGAUGGACUGGCUGGAAUGUGUGCAGCUGUAUUGUAGUGCAUCUCGCGCUCCCCAAAGACGGGGCCAUAUAGACCAAGCGAUGACAGCGAUGAAGGCAUUGUGCUCGACAUGAUUUAAAAGACUUCAGACUGCAGAGCCUGUAGAUCAUACUGGCGCUGCACGACCUGAAACCAGCGCGUCUUGGCGCAACAUGUGACGAAAGCUUAGACGUCACCCUACUUUGUUCCCGC